AUGGCCUCGGCAGGCCGCAGAACGCACUACGAACCGCCGUGGGGCAACGCGAGCAUUAUUGGUGUAGCUGGUAGUUCUGGAUCUGGAAAAACUUCUCUGGCACUGGCGAUAGUGGCAUCUUUGAACUUGCCAUGGGUUGUCAUCCUGUCUAUGGAUUCGUUCUACAAGCCUCUGACGCCAGAGCAAUCUGCAGCGGCUUUCCGGAACGAAUUCGACUUUGAUUCGCCCGACGCUAUAGAUUUCGACAUCCUGGUCGAGCGCUUGAAGGACAUCAAGAGUGGCAAGGUGGCUGAAGUGCCUAUAUACUCUUUCCAAAAACACGCCCGCCUUUCCAAAACGACCACGAUCUACUCGCCGCACGUCAUAAUUCUAGAAGGCAUCUUUGCUUUGCAUGACCAACGCGUGCUCGACCUCCUGGAUCUCAAGAUAUUUGCGGAAGCCGACGCUGACCUGUGUCUCUCGAGACGUCUCGUACGGGAUGUGAAAGAACGCGGACGCGACAUCGAAGGAUGCAUCAAACAAUGGUUCGCUUUCGUAAAGCCAAACUUCUACAAAUACGUUGCGCCGCAAAGGGAGAUUGCUGAUCUCAUCAUUCCAAGAGGUAUUGAGAACAAGGUCGCAAUCACCAUGGUGAGCAAUCAGGUUCGACAGACGCUAGAAAGCAAGAGCAUACAGCAUCAGACGGAGCUGAGACGACUGGGCAAGAUCGCGGAAGAUAGCCCAUUGAGCGAUAAUGCUAUCGUACUGCAACAAACGAACCAAAUCAAGGGAAUGCACACCCUGUUACUCAACCCGACCACGUCGAGAGAAGACUUUAUCUUCUACUUCGAUCGCAUGGUCGCGCUUUUGGUCGAGAAAGCUGCGGAUUUCUUGCCUUUUGAGUCACACAAAAUCACUACGCCCCAAGACUACACGUACCAGGGACUCAAGAAGGCUGCGGAAAUCAGCGCAGUAGUAGUCUUACGUGGUGGAAGUGCAUUCGAAACGGGCCUUCGAAGAACCAUUCCAGACUGCAGGACUGGGAGAGUAUUGAUCCAGACAAACUACAGGACUGGAGAACCGGAGUUGCAUUACCGGGCUCUUCCCGAGAACAUCGCAGAGCAUGGACUGGUCUUGGUUCUAGAUCCGCAAUUCUCCACAGGUGCAGCGGCAUUGAUGGCGGUCAGGGUACUGGUUGACCAUGGCGUACCGGAGAACAGAGUUGUCUUUGUGACAUAUACGGCAGGGCGCGUAGGUCUUAACAGGGUGUUGAGCGUGUUCCCCGACAUUAAGAUUGUGGUCGCAAGGCUGGGUCAUGACGAAGAGGCGCGUUGGAUCGAAACUAAGUACUUGGGAUGCUGA